ACUCCUAUUAUGAAGAGAGUCCAUAAAUAUGUGGAAGCUGCUUCUGAAAUUGUGUUUAUUGAUUCUUCGGGAACCAUGGAUAGGGAUGGAAGUCGGAUUUUUGUUAUGUUGACACACAGUGAAUGUGGAGCUUUACCACUAGGGCUUAUAAUUACAACAUCUGAAUGUGUAGAUGCCAUCAAAUCUGGCUUCAACAUAAUCAAGGAACUUGUAGGAGAACCUAUUUUUGGGGGACAUGAGGAAGGUCCAGCAGUUUUCAUGACAGACGAUUCUCAAUCUGAACAAAAAGCCAUUGGCGAUACUUGGCCUGGGUCAAAAAGAAUGCUGUGCAUAUUUCAUGUUUUGCAGGCAGUCUUUAGAUGGCUCUCAAAAUCAAAAAAUGGUAUUCCCAGAGACGAGCAAACAAGUAUUUAUAGAGAUUUUCAAAAUAUUCUAUAUGCAAACAGUUUGGAGGAGGCGACAGCCAAAUAUGCUAUAGCUGUUAAAAAUGCAAAAUUAUUCCCUAAAUACAUCAAUUAUUUAAAUAAUUAUUGGUGGCCAAAACGCGAAUGUUGGGUGAAGGCCUAUAGACGUGGUGUGUUAAUGAAAAACAAUCAUACCAAUAAUUAUUCCGAAAGUACAAUUCGUCAAAUCAAAGACAAAAUCUUUUCCCGUAUAAAAGCAUUUAACUUAAUGCAAAUGGUGGAUUUUAUGUUGACCAAAUUUGAGGACUACACAGAGAGAAAACUAUUAGAUGCUACCAGCAACCGCUCCAGUAAAAAUCUUUUGGAUAAGGACAUAAAAAUGCCUCCCUUAGAUUUAAUAAAACUGAUUAAGAAACUUAAUGAAAACAUAGUUGCUGUCCCGAGUGAAACCAAACCAAAUUUAUUGUAUUUAGUUAAUACUGAAGUCCUCAUAUGCUCAUGCACAGUAGGAAGUACAGGUGCCAUUUGCAAACAUAUUCAUUGGGCAAAUGCUCUGUUUUGCACCGACAAAUACAUUAAUAAAAUAGAUAACCUUAAGAUUAAAGAAAAUCUUUAUUUGGUGGCUACUGGGCAACCCAGUAAAGGUGAGUGGCUUUUACCUUUAAUUGUUACACUUGAAACUGAAUCGAGCCCUGCUUUAACACAAACAAAUGAGGAAAACAGAUUGUCAUUUUCGGAGAACACAAGCCUACCUUCAACUAGUACUAUGGAUGUACCAAUAUUUGAUCCUGAUGAAAGCCGAAAAAGAUAUACAGAGUUGUUAGCAAUAAUGAAUCAAUGUUUUGAUAAAUAUUAUGAAAAAUCACCACUAGAGGUAACCGGCAGUAUGGAAAAAAUGAUUUCUACAUUGCAUAAAAUUAAAACACCAGCAUCAUUUUCAUCAGCAAUAGCCACAUUUGGAUUUGGUAAGAUUUUUUUGCUAUUUUCUAAAUUAUUAUAUGAUAUCAGUUUUACAUUCCUAAAAGGGUGUUAAUAUAUUUUUUCUUCCUAUAGCAGUUACGUGAGGAUUCUUCAACACCUAAGUGUUGAAAUUUGGUAUGUGUUAAAUAUCUAAUAAAUAGUACUGUGUCUUCUCUACUGCUUUUGGUUUUGACCUGUUUUGGUGUCGGUUUUAUGACAUUUUUUCUUGGUUGUUGGUGUAUUAUUUUUUAUUUUGUUAAUUAACAUGUUAAAUACGAAAGUCGUAGGGUUUAGUGUAAACUUUUUGCAAAAUAUAUUUUCGUAGAUACAGAGGGUGUUGCAUAACAGGGUGGCAGAUCAAAGUUAUAUUAUUUUUAAAUGGAAUACCCUGUAUUGUAUUGUAUAUUGUUUUUUUUUAUUUAUUUAUAUGGUUUACAAUUUUAUAGAAAUAAUAUGUAUACAUAUUUGUUUAAACUGUAAAGUGCUGUUUAAAAAUAGACGAAAUAAACAAUUUUUAAUAUUUAAAUAAAGACCAUGAUUGAUUAAGUAAUUGAGUAAUUUUUUCAGGAGCUGAUGGUAGUCGAAGAAGAGGAAGAAUUAUCCCAAUCCAAAAAACCUCAGCUGGACGAAGAAUUAUUAAAAAACAGAGAAAAAGUAACAAUGAAAUAAAAAAUAAAU